AUGAUUGAUUUCAAGCUGUUAUGUUUAUAUUCAACCAGUGAAAUUAAUCUUGCUGCUGUUGAAUUCUCUUGUCUUUCAAGCGCGGGCCCCGAUGCUGGGGUGCCCGACAUGACAGCCAUCUCCGACAUCGACGAAGUGGGCAUCAACAGGAAUCUACAAGCUCGCUACUCCAGGGACAGCAUAUACGAGGAUGUCUUCAAAUACCACGGCCGAAAAAUGGGUCAACUGGAGCCCCACGUGUUCGCCCUGGCCGAGGCGGCUUACAAGUCGCUGCAGGCCACCGACGAAAAUCAGUCUUGCGUCAUCUCGGGCGAGAGCGGCGCGGGCAAGACCGAGACCACCAAGUUUAUUCUGCAGUACCUCUGCUCUAACAAUCCCGACCUGGCGGAGCAGCUGAAGCUGCGGCCUGCCGAGUUCUACCAGUACCUCAACCAGUCGGGCUGCGUGCGGCUGGAGGGCGUGUGCGACGCGCGCAAGUUCGACGCGCUGCGCCUGGCCUUCAACGUGCUGCACAUCCCGCAGGACAUGUGCGACGGCAUCUUCUCCGUGCUCUCCGCCAUCCUCUGGCUGGGCAAUGUCACUUUUGAGGACAUCGACGGCGAGCGCUGCCAGCUGACAGGCAAGGACAAGGAGGCCCUGGCGGCCGUGGCGGCGCUGCUGGGGCUGCAGGAGGCCGACCUCAUCCAGGUGGCGCUGCUGCGCCAGAUCAACGUGCGAGGCAACAUCACAGAGAUCCCGCUCAAGCUGCAGGAGGCCAAGGAGAAUCGCCACGCCAUGGCGAAAGCGCUGUAUUCCCGCACAUUCGCGUGGCUCGUCAACCACAUCAACACGUGCACGAACCCCGGCCAAGACGCGUCCCGCUUCCUCGGCGUGCUCGACAUCUUCGGCUUCGAGAACUUCGCCGUCAACUCCUUCGAGCAACUCUGCAUCAACUACACGAACGAGAAGCUCCACAAAUUCUUCAACCACUACGUCUUUGCCCUGGAACAAGAAAUUGGCUCCGAUCUGGCGUACCUGACGAAUCUUCACGGAGAGUUCGAUUCGCAUCCCAACUACGUCAAGGGAGACGACCGGCGGAAGUGGGAGAAAGAGUUCGGAAUCAUCCAUUACGCCGGCACAGUCACGUACUGCGUGCAAGGCUUCGUCGACAAGAACCGCGACGUGCAGCAAGACGUCUUCUUCGACUUCAUGAGCAGGUCCACAAACGACUUCGUGCAGGAGCUCACCAUUUAUCAGCCCAACAUGCAAAAGAUCCCGAACAACUACAACGAGAAGCUGGUGCUGGACCAGCUGAAGUACCUGGGCAUGCUGGAGAUCAUCCGCAUCCGCAAGGAGGGCUACCCGGUGCACAUGCCCUUCGGCGAGUUCCUGCGCCGCUACCGCUGCCUGGCCAAGCGCCGCCCCACGGGCGACGAGCGGGACGCCGUGCGCGCGCUCAUGGCCGCGCUCAGCGUGCAGCGCACCGAGUGGCAGUGCGGACGCACCAAGUACCUGCGCGUGCGCGGCGCGGCGCUGCGCGUGCAGCACGCGUACCGCGGCUGGAAGCAGCGGCUGCGCUUCCUGCAGCAGCGGCGCGCGGCCGUCGUGAUCCAGGCGCACCUCCGCGGCGCGUUCGCGCGUGAGGUGGCGGCGGCGCUGCGCGAGAUGCGGCGCGUCGAGGAGGAGAUGCGCAAGCGCGAGAAGCUCGAGGAGGAGCGACGCCAGCGCGAGGCCGAGCAGGACCAGCAGCGCGCCGAGCAGGACCGCAAGGCGCUCGAGGAGAGCGAGAGCAUGCAGUAUCACGGCUUAGGCGGCGCAGCAGGAGAUCGCGGCGCUGUCCCAAAUGGCGGAGCAGAUCAACCCGCGCCUCGCCACCACGGAGCCCUCGGGCGACGCCGUCGACCUCGACAACCUCUUCGCCUUCCUGUCGGAGGUGCAGCCCUCGCGCAACCAGCUGGAGACGGUCAUCAAGGAGUGAGCGCGGGCGGGUGUUGCCUUGUGACCGCCGCCGGCGCCGCGCUGCGGUGCUGA